CACCGUCUGAUCAGAAUCUCGUGGCCACAACACUGCUACACUUGCCUUCUUUUCUUCAACAUCCUUUUCUCUCCGCCAUCAUUUUUCAAUGUCUUGGUAAAUCAAAUCAGUCUCACUGAACAAAGAAAGGGAAAGAGAGUGAGUGAGUGAGAGAGAGAGAAAGUGAUGAUGGAGACGGCCAUGUAAGUAGUAGUAGAAGUUAGUAGUGGGAAAUAGUAGAGAGUGAAGCUGAGAGGAAUACUAUAUAAAAAUACGCGUCUUUUAUGGUUUAUGGUUUCUUUGGGUAUUGAGUGCUGAGAGCAUUUGUUAUCAUUGUUUGUGUCUUUCAUUUGCUUUUUUUUUCCUUCUUUCUCCAUGAGCGUUUGAAAGGGUUUUUCAGAGCUGGGAUUUUCUGGGUUUUUGAUUCUGAUUGAGUUUUUCAGCCAUGGUGGAGCUGAUGGAUGUUUCAAAUGCUGAUCUGGGUCUAUCGUUGCUGAGCCUCCUUCGUUUUGAGCAUGUAUGUUUCUACAUUUAUGUUCAUUGUGUUAGCUUUGUGGUGAAGAAAACUAACAUUAUCUUCCUCCUCCAAUGAGUUUGUUUUGAAGGUUUUGGAAUCCGAUGAUCUUAUUUUUAUAGGUUUAACUCAAAUUCUUUCAUUCUUUUUUGGGGUUGGGGAAUAUUUAUUUGCACAUUCUGAUAAUUCAUUCUUUAUUGCACACAGUCAUAUUUAUAGAUAUAUACAUAUAGGAACACUCAAAAACUUGUCUAAACUCUAAACCAAAUUUGUUUGAUUUGUUUUUUGGCAUUACUACUCAUCGGAUUCCUAUUUUUUUUCUUCUUUCUCUUGACCAAAAUUAAAAACCAAAACUUUAAAAUCACACACUCGAUCACUUGUAGUCUGUCCCUCUUGGUUUCUCUCAUAGAUGUUUUCAUUCGAAGGGGUUAUAUGAAAUCAUAGACAUUUUUUUUAACAGAAGAAAACCAAACUUUGCUUAGUCCUUAACGUUUGUAGAAACAAAACAGAGAACACUAGGGAGAGAGAUAAAGAAAGCUAAAAAGAAGACAGAGAUAUAUAGAGAGAGAAAGAAAAAAAAAAGGAAAGAAAUCUGGGUGGGAAAAGUUGUAGUUGAAUUGUGAAAAAAAGAAAAGUAACUUGGGAAGGUUAGAAUGUUGGCUGGGUGCUCUAGUUCCACAUUGUUAUCGCCAAGGCAUAGAUUGAGGAGUGAAGCACCAGCACAGUUCCAAGCUUGCCAUUUCCCAAUGAGCACACAGAGAUUGGACUUGCCAUGCAGUUUUUCCCGGAAAGACACUUCCAGGCCGCAGCCUAUUAGGCCAGUUACAGGCCUUUCCGUGGAGAAGCCAAUUGAAUCGAAGACUAGCAGUUGUUCUUUGAAGCAGAGUAUUAGGCUGCCGCCAUUGGCGACGACGGCUCCGGCAGCGAGUGCAGCAGCGCAGACAACAUUUGGUGAAGGAAGGAAGGAUAUCAAGGAAGAGUUUUGGCCGAGAGGUAAGAGUUUGAAGCGGUUCGCGGAGCAGGGAUCAGUGGAUGAGUCUUUCAUUAACAGAGCCAAGAGGAAAAGGGGUAUCAGUGAUGACAGUGGAGAAACCAAUGAUGUCGUUCUUGAAGAUGAGGAGAGAUUGAGUUUAGGCCAAUUGGGUGCUGGGAAUUUCUGGUUGCAGCCUGGUUUCAACCCCCAUCUUCCUUUCUCAUUGACAACAUGUUCAGGAGGUGAAGAAGAAGAGAGGGUCUGCUAUGUGCCUGGUGGUGAAGUGAUUUCCCCACCAUUGCCAUUGUCAAAUAAUCCUUGGGUUGAUUCAGUUGUGACUGAGAUCACUGACCUUGGGGAGAAGGGUGGUGAGACAAGCCGCCAUGUGAUGCCGAGGAAGGAAGGCUCGGCAGCAGCUUCGAGUGCUUCAUCUGGGAGCCAGAGCCAGAGUCAGAGCUUGGUCCCAAGGAUUAAUGAAGUUGUUCCUGAUUAUGAUGUUGGUAACGGGUCUAGAAAUCCUUACUCACGGGGUGGUUCUGAAGUAGUGGAGGUGGGGGAAGAGGACCUUAUCAAUCAAGAAGAGAGCGAGGGGUUUGAAUUAGUCAGUUUGCUCACAUCUUGUGUAGAGGCAAUUGGGUCGAAGAGUAUUCAUGCUAUUAACCAUUUCAUUGCCAAGUUAGGGGACCUUGCUUCUCCUAAAGGGACUCCUAUAAGCCGGGUUACAGCUUACUACACAGAAGCUCUAGCUCUAAGAGUGACUAGACUUUGGCCACAGAUGUUUCAUAUUACACCUCCAAGGGAGUUCGAGAGAGUUGAUGAGGAUUCUGGCUCUGCAUUAAGGUUUCUGAAUCAAGUCACCCCAAUUCCCAAGUUUCUUCACUUCACAUCGAAUGAGAUGCUGAUGAGAGCUUUUGAAGGAAAAGACAGGGUUCACAUUAUCGAUUUCGAUAUCAAGCAAGGAUUACAAUGGCCCAGUCUGUUUCAAAGCUUAGCUUCUAGGACUAAUCCUCCAAGCCAUGUUAGAAUCACCGGUAUUGGCGAGUCUAAACAAGAGCUCAACGAAACAGGCGAUAGGUUAGCUGGCUUUGCUGAGGCUUUAAGCCUUCCCUUUGAGUUUCACCCGGUUGUGGACAGACUAGAAGAUGUGAGGCUUUGGAUGCUUCAUGUGAAGGAGCAAGAGAGUGUGGCAGUGAACUGCAUUUUCCAACUUCACAAGAUUCUUUACGACAGCAGUGGAGGCGUUCUCAGAGAUUUCUUGGGACUAAUUCGAAGCACAAACCCAACUGUAGUCGUUAUGGCUGAACAGGAAGCUGAACACAAUGACCCCAGGUUGGAAGCAAGAGUGUGCAACUCACUGAAGUUCUACUCAGCCAUUUUUGACUCUAUUGAUGCUAGCUUGCUUCCAGUGGAUAGCCCUGCAAGGAUCAAAGUUGAGGAGAUGUUUGCAAGGGAAAUAAGGAACAUUGUUGCUGGUGAAGGAAUGGACAGACUUGAGAGACAUGAGAGCUUUGAGACAUGGAGGAAGCUGAUGGAGCAAGGAGGAUUUCGCAGCGUGAGGAUCAGCGAAAGGGAGUUGAUGCAGAGCCGGAUGCUGCUGAGGAUGUAUUCUUGUGAUGAGGACUACAGUGUCAAGGAACAAGGCCAAGAUGAUGGAGCUGGAGGAGGAGUUACACUUAAUUGGCAAGAUCAGCCAUUGUUUACGGUCUCAGCUUGGACACCAGCUGAUGUUGCAGGCAGCUCAUCAUCUUUUUCUCAACCAAGUUGACUGGUUUGGCUGCUGCGGUGCAGGGCGGUUUAUACACUCUUCUUUUCUUCACUUAACAUACACACACCAUCACUUUUCAAUUUCCCUUCUUGUUGCAUACAGAAACAAACAAAAAAAAAACAUACAGAAUUCUUUGUAGGUAGAAAAAUCAUUCAGUCAUUCUUUCAUUCGUUUCUGCAGAUAAAAGGAAGAAAAAAAAGGAUCAUUAAGAAGUCCAAUAGGGUUGAGUAGUCGUCGGAACAUCAUGUUAUUUUCUAGAUUCAGGUGCUUAGUAAUUUGGAGUCAAGUUGUGUUUAUUUUCAUUAUUAUUCUUUUAUUCUUUUAUGUGUACGCUGAAAUUCUUUUGUUAUAGUAGGUCAAGUCCACAAGUCUUUGUAAGUCAAUUCGAUUUUUUAUUUGUUGUGAAACACCAGUACAAUGAAUGAAUUUGAAGUUGAUGUGGUUGAUUCCA